CAGCUGAAAAUAUACAAGACUAUAAUCUAUAGCUAUCGCUAUGACCUUUAAUUGAAUUGCAGAAUAGAAAGACGAAAACCAUGGCGGCGGUCCUAUUGGCGAGAUUAUACUUUCGCUGCGUCGUACGUUUUUCUGACCGAGAGUACAAACGUUGAGGAAAUAAUACCUUGGAAAUUAAAACAGAAAGAAAAAUGAACCACUCCAGUGAAUCUAGCGAUUCAGAUGACGGAGGAGACGAUCAAGAAGGGUCUUCUUUUUCGGAAACAAACAUCGAGAAUGCUCUAACAUCCUUUAGAGAACAAUGGCAACGCGAAUUAGAAAUAUCACCUAAACGAGACCGACCAAAAAAUAAAUCUACAAAAACAGUUAAAGUUGAUGUUUCUAAUGAUGAAGAAUCCAUUGAAAAUAAGGCAAAAACUUUGUUUUUGAAAGGAAUUGAAUACGAGGAAGAAAGAAAAUUCUAUGAAGCAAUUCAAUUUUAUAAACGUGCUGUGUUAUUAGUUCCUGACAUUGAAUUUCGUUUGUACGAAACAACUAAGGUAAAGACAAAUGAUGAUAGAGCUGAGGGAUUUGAUACUGAUGUAAAUCACAUUGAUGAUAAUGUUGAAAAUCAUAAUGAAGAAGAUGAAGAAGAAAAUGAUUUAUUUGUGAAAUUGUGCAAAAUUGUAAAUCAAAACAAAUGUGUUUGUUUUCCUAAAUUUGAACAAACUACAACACAUAUUUCUGCCUUGCCUUUGGAAAUAGUACUGUAUAUCCUAAGAUGGGUUGUAUCUUCUGAGCUUGAUUUGAGAUCUCUUGAAAUGUUCUCCAGAGUAUGCCGUGGAUUUUACAUAUCUGCAAGAGAUACGGAAAUCUGGAGACUUGCCUGUGUUAGAGUGUGGGGUGUAAAUUGUGGUACCUAUACUCCAAAAUAUCAAUCAUGGAGAGAAAUGUAUUUACAACGGCCUAGACUAAGAUAUAAUGGAUGUUAUAUUAGUAAAACCAGUUAUAUUCGCGAUGGAGAAAAUAGUUUCCAAGAUCGAUUUUAUAGACCCUGGCAUCUGGUAGAAUACUUCAGGUACCUGAGAUUUUUUCCCGAAGGAAGAGUCUUAAUGUUAACUUCAACUGAUGAGGCACAAAGUUGUGUAAAUUCCUUGAAAAAUCGCACUCCACGAAAUCCAUCGGUUCUUAUUGGCCAUUAUAGAUUAUUACACGAUAAUUGCGUUGUUCUAAUGCUCAAAAAACAGGAAGUAAAAGGAAUUAAUACACAAAGAAAAAAGAAAAGAGAAAUUAUGCAUGAUAGUGGGGAACAAACAUUUCAUAUUGAAUUUGAAAUUCAGGAUCACCAUAGACGAUUAAAUUCGCAAUUGAAAUGGCUAAGUUAUACUAUAUUUACGAAAUAUAGAAAUGGACAUGAAGUGAACAUGUGCUUAAAGGAACCGUCUGUAAGAGAAUGGAGAGCAUCAGCUAUUGGCGGACGAUAUCCACCGCUUAGAUUUAGCCGAGUUAAAAGUUAUACCCAAGAAAGUGAAGCUCCUUUACAGUAACUGUAAUUGAAUGCAAAAUUAUUAAUCGUUUGGGCUACACAAGAGUACAUAAUGAAACUGAAAUUUAAGAGAAGACUAUAUUCUUUAAGCGAACGUUAAAACUCGUACAAAUCACUUUUGAUGUACAUUGCGAAUACGCACGUUAACGUUACAUUCUACCGCUUAUAAAAAAUGUACUAUAAAUACGUCGUAACGAAAAAAAAAUACUUUAUUCUUAAUUCAUUACUGAAGUAUUUCUUAAAGAAU